CUAACUACCACAUACCAGUCCCCUGCUCCCACUCGCUGCUUACCGAUAACUCCUUUUCUGCGAGUCUUCCAGGACAGCCCCUUGAGACUUAGAGCUCCUCCCUCUGGUCUUUGACCAGACAGGCUUUGUGUAAGCUCAGCUUUGUUUAACCCAUACUGCAGACAUGGUCAGACUUGUUGCACCCAGCCUCAGUCAGCUUGCAACGUCAUUCCUCUGCUCAAGGCACUCUUCCUGCAUCCCCGACAGCACCCCCAGUGACGGCCCAGUAUACUCUGCUAACUACCACAUACCAGUCCCCUGCUCCCACUCACUGCACCUAUCCUUUCUUUGGCCCUGUGGAGAGGUCCUCUCCUGGUGCCUCGGCACCGGCACUUCAGCCUGAUGUCUCUACCCAGCCUGAUGUCUGUACCCAGCCUGAUGAACUGAUCCAGCCUGAUGAUCCUAUCACGCCUGAUGACCCAGUGCCCGCUGUCAUACCUGGCGACCCGAUGCCCGCUGUCGGCCAGACGAUCCAAUGCCUGAUGACCCAGUGCCCGCUGUCAUGCCUGGUGACCCGAUGCCCACUGUCGAGCCAGAGGAUCCGGUACCUGAUGACCCGGUGCCCGCUGUCAUACCUGGUGACCCGAUGCCCGCUGUCGAGCCAGACGAUCCAAUGCCUGAUGACCCAGUGCCCGCUGUCAUGCCUGGUGACCCGAUGCCCGCUGUCGAGCCAGACGAUCAAGCGCCAGAUGACCCGGUGCCUGCUGUCGAGCCAGACGAUCCGGUACCUGAUGACCCGGUGCCCGCUGUCGUGCCAAUUGACUCAGAGCCCA